AAAAAAAAAUCCGUUUAAAAAUACAAAAUGGCGGUGCGUUCUAUAAACCGUAUGAUCGAUUAUGUGAAAUGUAAUAGGAAAAUUAGGUUCGUGUUGGCCACGGCAGUAGUGUUACUGCUACUGGGCAUAGUUUGUGCCAUAUUCUUCGGAUCAUGGGUCCGGAUGUUCAUAGACCAUGAGCUGGUCCUCCGUCCCGGCUCGAUGACCUUCGAGUGGUGGGCGAGGCCCCCGGUGCGGCCAUUUGUCAAGGUCUACGUGUAUAACGUGACCAACGCUGACGAGUUCCUCAACAAUGGAUCCAAACCGAUCCUGGAUGAGCUUGGACCUUAUGUUUACUCGGAAGAAUGGGAGAAAGUGAAUAUCACGGACAACGAAAACGGAACACUCUCAUUCCAUUACAAGAGGACUUAUACCUUCCAACCCGAGCUCAGCAAGGGAAUGGACGACGAUGCUGUAGUGGUCCCGAACAUACCUAUGCUGAGUGCGACAUCACAAUCGAAACACGCGGCGCGUUUCCUCCGACUUGCCAUGGCCUCCAUCAUGGACAUCCUCAAAAUCAAGCCUUUCGUUGAAGUAUCCGUCGGUCAACUGCUGUGGGGUUACGAGGAUCCUCUACUGAAGCUGGCCAAGGAUGUUGUGCCUAAGGAACAGAAGCUGCCUUACGAAGAAUUUGGGCUGUUUUAUGGUAAAAACGGCACCAGUCCUGAUGUGGUCACAAUGUUUUCCGGCGCAAACGAUAUGACCACUUACGGUAUUAUCAGCCACUACAACAUGAGAGAGAAGCUCCAACACUGGACCAGUGACCAGUGCAACAGCAUCGCAGGGUCUGAUGGCUCCAUCUUCCCCCCUCACAUCACCAAGAAUGAUACCCUCGCUGUUUACGACAAAGAUCUUUGCCGAUUGCUGCCUCUGAAAUUCUUGGAAGAAGUAUCAUUGGACGGUAUCCAGGCGUACAGGUACACUCCUCCUGAAGAUGUCUUCGCUAAUGAUGAGCACAACCGUUGCUUCUGCCCGGCUGGACCUCCGUGCGCGCCUAACGGACUCUUCAACGUAUCACUUUGCCAAUAUGACUCGCCCAUCAUGCUAUCGUUCCCUCACUUCUAUCUGGCUGAACCCAGCCUCCGUGAGGCAGUUGAAGGUAUCAGCCCACCAAUCCCAGAGAAACACAGACUUUUCAUUGACGUUCAACCGGAGAUGGGUAUCGCUAUGAGAGCUCGCGCCCGUAUCCAAAUCAACUUGGCUGUGUCCCAAGUCGUUGACAUCAAACAGGUCGCCAACUUCCCCGACAUUGUGUUCCCCAUUCUCUGGUUCGAAGAGGGUAUCGACGAGCUCCCUGAGCAGGUCCGCUCCCUCCUCCGCCUGGCGACUCAGGUCCCUCCUCUCGCCCGUAGCGCGCUGGGUUGGGGACUAUCAGCCCUGGGUCUACUGCUCAUCUUGCUUGCUGUCACCUGUCUUAUCAGAUCUUCCCACCGCCAAAGUACGUUAAGGCUAGAAGGACACGUGGUAGCGAAGCCGCCGCCCGCCAAAACCCCAAGUAAAGACAACGGCUACGAACUAAACAGUAGAAGAUAAUCCUUAUUGUAAGCAAUCAUUAUAUUUUACCUAUUUUGUAAUUAUACAAGAAUUUCUGAUCAGCUCGGUAAACGUCACUAGUGUCAACUGUCAGAUCUGACAGGUCAAACUGUCAACUGUCACCUGUCAAUUGUGUGCAAUGUCAAAUUUGAUGUUUAUUUUUGUAAUUAUUGAUCAAUAGAAUUGGUUGUUUCGUUGCAUGAGUUGUAUGUUUUUGGUGUUUAAAUUUUUUUUGAUUGAUUUUUUCAUGUGUUUAUACAUUUUUAGACUGGUUUUUUCUUAAGGUGCAGACAGUUAUCGGCUUUUUAGAAAUUCUCUUUAAAAGAAAACUGUCUUAAGACUAAGUUUAGUUUUAUAUUCGUGCCUAAAGACAUUUUUGUCCUACCAGGAAUCGAAUCUCAUAUCAAUCGAUCUGAUAAACAAAGCAUUGUCUUUAUAUACGAGUAUAGAAACAUAUAGCGAAAAUACCUACUUACUUAGUUUUUAUAUUUAGAUUUUAUAAUCUGUAGUCACAAAGUAUUUUUAAUCUAUAUUACAGAGUGUUGCCAGGCCAAAAACUAUUUCAAUAUGGCGACUUCCGGUCUUAAGGCAGUUACAUUUUUAAUUACCAUUCCUUGUAUAGUUCUUGUAAUGUUUUUCUUUGAUAUUGUAAAUAAUUUACAUCCAAAAGUAUAACACAGUUUAUAUUUUACACACAUAAUCUAUUUCAAGACUUCUCUGUCGAUUCCAAACUAGUUAA